AUGAUAUCUGGCGUGAAUAGCAGAAAAUCAUCAUCAUCAACUGGUAUCACACUACCUUCUUUUUCAUCAUCACCAAACCAUCCAAUGUCCUCUCUUUCGAAUCCAAGCUCAUCACCGAUGACUUCCCCUCUCCAUAAUGCUCACCACCAACAACCAUCUUUUUUGAGCCAUUCUUCCCAACCAACUUAUACGGCACCAACAACUAUGAAUACCAAUGUAGCCAUGAUGGGAAGGACUCUUAGCAAUACGAGCAUUGCCAGCGAUGAUCUGAAUGAAAUAACGUAUGGCCAAAAACAAAAACCACACAAACAAGUUAAACAAUAUAUACUCGGCGAAGUUCUUGGAGAAGGAGCUUUUGGUAAGGUUCGGGAAGCCAUUGAUUCUAACUCACUGAAGAGAGUUGCCAUCAAGAUUAUAAAACGAGACAAGCUCAAACGUAUCAAGAAUGGUGAAACACUUCUCAAGAAUGAAAUUAACAUUAUGAGAAAAUUAAAGUCUCACAAGAAUAUUAUCAAACUUAUCGAGGUCAUACAUGUGGAAGGAGGAGCUGCAUCAGGACAUUCAUCUGUAUCAUCAGUUAGUGGUGCUGGUAGAAUGAGCAUUUCUAACAUAUUUGUAAAUCAGUCAGCAUCAAGUACCGAGAAGGUACCAACAAAUUCUCAGACACAACCAAAUGGAGCAAACACUUCUUUUAAUUCAAAGAAAGCCAGAACGUAUAUGGUUAUCGAAUUUGCUGGUGCAGGAAGCUUGCAACAGUUAAUGAAUUCACAACCAAAUAAUCGUUUACCUGUAAAUGAAGUUUGGCACUAUUUUAGACAAUUAAUUGAUGGAUUAGAAUAUAUGCACAGUCUGGGAAUAAUUCACAGAGAUAUCAAACCAGCUAAUUUGAUGAUUACUCCAGAUAGAGUUCUUAAAAUUAGUGAUUUUGGUACAGCAAUUGAACUCGACCACUUCUCUCCAAGUGACGAAUGUACACAAAGCUUUGGUACACCUCAUUUUCAAUCGCCACAAAUUGCUACAGGUUUGAAACAAUUUUCAGGUUACAAGUUGGAUAUUUGGGCUUGUGGUGUUUCCUUAUAUGUAUUGAUUGUUGGAAAACAACCAUUCCAUGAUGAUGGUAAUAUUAUGAAUUUGUAUGAACAAAUUGCCUUAGGAAAAUAUGAAAUACCUGAUUGGGUUGAAAACGAUCUUAAGGUUCUCAUUAAGGGAAUGAUGACAGUUGAUGAAGAUCAAAGAUGGACUAUUGAGGCCAUUAAAUCCAGUGAAUGGUUUAAUACAACAAGAUAUAGUGAUACAAUGACUGAUAGAAAUUCUAUCGACUCUCACCAAUCGAUUGGUCGUGAAUCAACUAAUUCUGCCAAGCUUUCUUCGGCCAACAUUUCACGAACCAAUUCUAGGGUUGGUGCAGCCAAGAAGAUUCUUGUCGAUAGAUGGAAGAGUUUUACCUUACUUCCCUAUUUGGCCAAAGCAGUUAAUACUGAAGCUAGUGCCAUGACUCCAACAACCACCCAACAACAACCUCUCUCAGCUAGAAGUACAACAAGUGUUAGUUCUGGAAAUCUUGAUCAAUUGGAAAGAAAAUCCAUCGGACAAGUACCUCCACAACCAAGUACAACACCUCACAAGAGUCUCAAUCUUAGUGAUUAUGCUACUCUUCAACAAGGAGGAGCAAAUAUUGAUUCAAUGAGUAUUGAUGGAAGUAAUGACAGUUUUGAUCAUCACAAUACAAAGGAUGGUAUGUCUGACGAUGGAAAUGCAACUCCAAAUGCUGAGAAUGCUGAUGACAUUAUGACCUUAAAGCUUACAACUCCAGCUGCCUCUAAAGGAACGUCAAAGGGAUCAAAAUCUUCAAAACGAAAGUUAAAUGUUACCUCUUCUAAUGCAAACAAUACUGCUACAGAGAGUCAGAGCCAGGGAGAACAAGAUAAAAAGUGCACCAUCAUGUAAAAUAAUUUAUAAUCUGGUGGAAAGUUACACUUGGAGCUUAAUGCUCUCAUUUUUGAAAAUGGCAGUCAUUUCAUUUUCUUUUGAAUCAACAAUGGAUGCAAGUUUAAAGAAUAAAUGGAUUGAACAAGCAAUAAACUCAAUACUGUAAAA